AUGCCUCUUAAUAUUCCUACAUCCUGUCAACAACGUCAAAAAGCGGAUAAUUGUGAAGUUUACGUCAGAUUCUAUUAUCACGAUCGAACAUAUGCUGUAGAAUUUGGAACAACAUUCAUAAGUCGCUAUUAUCGAUCAGUUUAUAUUCUACCGAAAAAUUAUUUGUCUUACACAGCCAUGUAUUCUUGUUCUCAUAAUGAUAAUUGUGCAAUCGACUUUGCCAACAAGAAAGUGCUUGAUCUCUCCAAUCGAACAUUCAAUGUCAAUAGUGUGACCAAUCAACUAAGUAAUGUUCUUCUUGAACAUCGACAACCUUCUGAUCCAGCACUUCGCUGUUACGAUAAUAAAGAAUGUACUUCCGGCAUGUGUCAAGUCGAAUACGAUACUAGUAAUAACAAAGUAAAUAAAAGAGGCUGUGAACCAGUUGGUAUUGCACGAGUACACGUGUUCGAUGGUGGUAAUCUUCCUUCAUUGGAUAUUGAAUGUAAUCGAACGAGAUGUAAUUCUCCUGAAGCUUACAAUGAAGUAAAACAAAUUCUUUUUCAACACAAUCUUACAGAUAUCAACGGCCGUAUUAAUGAUGGACAAAAAUUAUGUGUACCAGCAGUUCUUCUAAUAAUUUUGUUUCAUUUAUUUGUUUUUUAUAUAACAAAUUUUUCUUCUUAUAAAAACUAA